AUGGAAGAGCCAAGUCUUCAAAAAUCGUUUGACUUAUUUGAUUGCGACGGUGACGGGUAUUUGACAUUGAACGAGUUUACUAUGUUAGUGAGAGUGUUAGGAGUUGUAAAUGAGACGAGUGUUAUAACGGAGCAGUACAACACGAUUUCUAAACUCCGAGGAAUCAAUUAUGAGAUGUUCCAAGUCUGCCUUAAAAAGCUGAAAGAAGACUCUUUUAAGAUAGAGGAGGUCAAAAGUGCAGUAACGAUCAUCGACCAAAAAGCUAAAGGACUUUUCAGUGCAAGUGAGUUGCGUCGAAUACUCACGACGAUGGGGGACAAAUUGACUGACAGUGAAGUCACGAAUAUCUUUUCGUAUAUGGGAAUAGACGAGAAGGGAGUUGUGAGGAUGGAUGACUUUGUAAAUCAGCUUGAGAGUGUAUACCACUAA